GAGUGGCCUGGGGUAGCACAUGCCACCCUUGGAAUCUGAUUGGCCGCCCCAGGUGCCACCACACUAAUUUACCUUUAAAUGGGCUUUUCAUUGUCUACAAAAGGCUUGGGGGUAAAACAAAAAAAGCAUAACUAUUGGUGCCACCCAUGCACAAAAUUGUGCCUCACCUGGGCCACCCCAUUUUACAAGAUCUGGACACGCCACUGCUUUCCCUCUGUUACAACCGGAGGACUGCCAUAGGGAGCCUAAGUCCCGCCCAUCUACUUCUGGACCACGAGUCCCCUGAAGAACGAACAAAUGAAUGCAAGUCACUGGGGCUAAACAAGGAAUUUUCUGAUCCCACUUGCUAUGUGCCGUGGAUUUCACAUAUGAUGUCCGUGAACUUCAAAAACACAUUCUGAUGCCAAGAACACACUUAUUUUGGAAUGGGGGCAAAUGUUAUUUUAGAUUUAGUAUGAAAAUAAGUUCAGGACUACAAAUAUGCAUCACUAAAGUGACGUCAUCGAACCAGACAUGGAGAAAAUGGCUGUGAGUUCAACCAACUUCAAAUCCUCCCUUCGGCAGCAAAGAACCACCAUGAAUCUGGUCAUGUGGUGAGUAGCAGCUACGCUAGGGGGAGGAGGUUAUGUGGUGACGUCUGAUUUGUAGACAUGCUAAUUACAAACUUUUACAAGCUGAUAAAUCUCAGUACGUGACUGGCGUGGUGAAACACCCAUCAUUUGCUUUCAUUUAACUGGAAGAACAACAUAUGUGAUCCAGGGCGUGAGGCAGAGCGGGUUAGAAAUGAGCUCUUUUAGCUCCGUUGACUUGCUGUCACGUUUUUGUUCUUCAGGGGACCCGAGAGCCGACCGGAAAGGGAGGAGACUUGGGCUCCCUAUCGUGUCAGCUCCACUUACGACCACUUGUAUUUGUGCAUCCCACGAAGAUGCGAGAUACCUGGACAAGGAACUGUGAAAUGAUACGACUAAAAGCAGCAUCAGAACAGGCUAAAGCGAUUCACCGAGAGCGGCAUUAAAGACCUGGCUCAACAAACUGUCCUGAUUAUGAGAUUGCAACAAAGCAUUACUAUGAGAAUCUACUGUAGAACCUUAAAGACAAUAUUAAGGGUAUUUGGGAAGUGCGUAAUGGUUUGGUGAAAGAUUGCAGUACUACUAGUUUCUCAGCACGCAUUAAAAAUUCAUCCCUACACCUUUUUCCCUCGAGGUUUGAUUACAGCACACCCUAGUGGCCAGUGGUGACUUCUGCAAAAAUGAUUAAAAUUGAAUUGAUGCAAGGCAAUCCCUAAUGAGUUUAUUAUGUGUGCAGCAAACCAAUCAUUUUACUGUGAAAUCAACAAACAAAUGAAAUAAGGCCGGUCCCUGGCCCCCAGGGACCAGGAUUGGGCCCUCCUCAUGUCAGAAAACAACCAAGCUGUUUCAACCAACCCUUUGUAUGUUAAACUUUUAGUUUGUUUAUUCUUUUGUUUUUAUUCUUUCGCAUGUUUCUUGCUGGUGAUGCACAGUAUGUGACUUCUGAUUUCAAUAUAUAUUUAUAUUUUUGUUUUUUCAACCUUUAUCUUACCAGGAAAAAUGUUUGAGAACAUGUUCUCAUUUACAAGCAUGACCUGGCCAAGAGGUCUUGGAAGGAAGUGCAAGUAGUAGUAGUAGUAGUAGUAGUAGUAGUAGUAGUAGUAGUAAUAAUAAUAAAUAAAUAAAUAAAUACAACAAAAACAAACAGAUAAGCACAUAACAGAUCAGACAUAAAAGGUUAUCUAUGUCUUAACGCCAAUGAUCGUACCAUGUUUUGUUUUCUACGGCCCUUUGUGACGUAUUUAUCUGUAAAAGACUACAAAUGCAUUUUACUGAUUAUCAGUCACGCUGCAGUGUUUAUGGCGCACUUUAGAGGUCGCUGUUGUACCACGGGUAGUUGCAUCCACCGCAGCGUACCACGUGUCCAAUCAGCUGUUAGAUAAGGUUUGAUUCAUAAAUUCCUGUGUUAUUGAUUUGUGUAGGCCACGAGCCAGAGCUGGACUCUUUAGGUGACGUCGUAGCCUGAGCAGAUACGCGCGUUCCCGUUUCAUGCGCUACUUAUCAGAACACAAACAUUAAUGAGCUUAUUUAACACGAGGGCAGAUUGUUUUAUAGACACAAUCCAAAAGCACAGUGACACAAACACACAAACACCGUUAUUGUAACCCUGCAAAAAUACAAAAUUAACACUUUCGAUUUUUCAGGGUUUGUUUACUUGCUCCAUUUCAACCACGUGCCUGCAAUGCGGCCACGCAUGCGCAUAUCAGUGUUGUGUUUUUGGCACGCGACACGGUUGGUGGCGCGCACAACCAAAACAACAGUCGACCUCGUGGGCGCGCAAAUAAGUCUAGCCUCCGACUGAUUGGCUAAACAAAUUUAGCACCGCCCUCUCUGCCAACCGAUUGGCAGAUGGGAUUUUUUUCUUCUUUCUGAUUGGACUCUAUUUGUGGAUCGGACUGUGUAGCUAGGCUACCGCUGCUGCCUUCACGGACCGCCUCACUGAUCUAAUUUCACAGACUCCCGAGAAGGAUCCGUUGUUUUGGCAGGAAGAGCAGCAGCUGAACGGCUCACCUGUUAACAGUGUUCAGGUGAUUUAAGGCUGGACGCUAAAACAGGAGUUCCUCAGGUGCACUGAGCGCUUUUGCAGGUUGUGGAAUGGGUGAACAUAUUUAUUUCAUCCUUAAGAAGUAAAUAAAUACAUUUACAUAAGAAACUGUCUUUUUAGCUUUCAUCUCUGUUUUUAGGUAUUUUUGUGGCAGUAGGAAUCAGAAAAGAUCAAUUCUGUGGUUUUAUUGGUGCCUUUUUGUUGUUUGUUGUUGUUAGAAGAAGUCUUGUGUCCUACUGGACGUGAAUGCAGCAUCAGAUGGUGACAUAAACCGAUGCUUUUCUGCACCUUUCACAACUUUCACGCCGCAGAGAACCCUCAACUCACACCUACUCCGACCAGAAUUUGGGUCUUUGAUACGCAGAUUAAAUCAGAUUAGAUCCGUGCUCGUGCGCGUGUCAGUGCCUAGCUGCGCGUCUGAUCUUCAGGAUUUGGAUAUAAAUAAGGCCUGAGACGGGACACAACCGCUUGUCCUGCUGCAGGAGUCCGGGAUCUGAAGCCCCAGAAGGAGCUGCACCACCAUGGUCCCCCUCUAACGGAUGGUUCUCCACUCCAGCCGGACUCCCGUGGACAUAUCCACGCAGAGACGACCCGCAGAGGACGCAGAUGACUUUUUGGUCUAAGCAGACUUAUGGAAGCGUGAAGAUCCUGCAGUGUUUUUUACAAACUCCUGCAGCUGCAGCGGAGAAACAGAUUUUCUCAGCGGGUUGUUUUGGUGUCCGUGGGGGGAGAAGGCCAAGUGUCUUUGGGCCUGAUUUUUUUCCUGUGGUGUCUGUGUGGAGCGUACCACACACCCACUCCACAACAACGACGGCUUUUGCCUGCAUCUUCCAGUGUUUCUUCUGUCAGCAAGUCCAGCAGAGCUGCAACUCUUCCAGUGCCAGCCCUGACACCAGCGAGGAGCCCUGCCCCACUGACAUGGUGAAGAUGACCAAGUCCAAGACCUUCCAGGCUUACCUGCCAUCCUGCCAUCGCACCUACAGCUGCAUCCACUGCCGGGCACACCUGGCCAACCACGACGAGCUCAUCUCAAAGGAAGAGAACUUCCUGCUGCGCUCCGGCUCAGAUUGUGCCGCAGAGAACUCCGAUGUGAGAUGGGAAGAGGAGGACAACUUUCAGCUCGUGAAGUAUAAGCAUGACAUCAAAUGAUGCUAAAGGAAAGAAAAUAACAGUUCCUCUCCUGCAGCUUCCGAGAACUUCGCCCCUGCAGGAAAACUGGCGGCCGUGGCUGAGUCGGGAGAGCGGUCGAUCUCUGAUCCCAGGUGAGAGGAUCCAUCCCUGCAGGCCACGGGCCGAAGCUUCCUGGGGCAAGAAGCUGAACCCUAACGUUGCCCCGAUACGGAUAUCUGCCCUUACGUAUUUUCACACGCAGCGACGAUUUCCCCAAAGGAUCAAUAAAGUAUAAAGUAUUACUAUUAUUGUUUUUAUUAUUGUUGUUGUUAUACUAACGGCAAAACAAAAACCUGAAAUCAGUAGAACUGCUUGAGCUUCACUUUUAUCCGCUUCAGAAAAACACGCAGAGGAUUAAAGAUCCAGACACCGAUUCUGUAAAGCAGCGAGAAACCAGCUGCUAGUAUGGAAAGCCAUUACUCGUACAAUUUAAACGUGUCUACGGCAUGCUGGUUGUGUUUAUUUGUUUAUCUGGGUCCUUUUCCGUAGGAGGAGGAGUGACUUCGCCCAGUGUUUCUUGUUUGAGUUAUUUGGCGUUUGGUGAUGUUGGGUUUUGACGUUCUUGUUGCAGCAUCGGAUCCAGAUCAGAUUUCUGACCCAGAGAGAGCGAGAGGAACCUUCCCAGAGGUUGUCUACUUCCUGUAGGACGCGGUUAUCCCCGCUGAUUUGCGUAGCUUCAAUAAGCUGUUUUCCCUUCGCUGCAGCGUGCUGACAUACGUGCGUUCACUGGCCCGAGACGGCAUCAGCAACCCCCAGCUCCAACUCGUCUAAGCUGAUUAUGUUACUUAGGAGAAGACAACACCGUUGUCCGGUGUUUUCCACUCUGCACUGCCAACAGCCUGGCUUGACCCAUCCAGAGAACCAUGCUUUUGGGUUUUCCUGCCCGGUGGUGCUGGGAGGAAGCGUAAGGCUGGUCCAGCUCUGCAGGUUCUGGCAGAUUCCUCCCUGUGACUGCAGUUUGGAGAUCUCCUGAGCCAAGUUCACGAAAAGCUGUUUCCCCUCCCCGAGCUUAUGCAACGAGUCCUCCAGACACACCAGCCUGAGAGAAGGGAUGCAGAUGGAGCAGCUCGAAAGAGAGGAUUAACCUGAGGAAGUGUGGCGGGGGUGCGGCGCUCCUCCUCAUCCUCCUCCUCUCAGCUGUUGGAGUAAACACGGAAAAUCUUGGGAUAAAGAGUCUUCUCUUCAUCUAUUCAGUCAUUUUAAUUCAUUCAUUUUAAAGUCCAGAAUUGAAUCAUCAGUUUAUCAAAUUCUUCUUAAAGAUUCUCACACAAGAAUCUUUUUCAGUUCAAUCAUAAAAAUGCAGAAUAAUGAGCGUAAUUCCGUCUUUGGGAAAGUGAUCAGAACUACCUUCUUGCAGCGAUUUAGUCAUUUCUUUCUCCCGUGUCUCCUCCAUGGGAAACGCUGAUGAUGCAGAAGAUGUUUGGGUGUUUUGGCUCCAUCAGCAUGAAGUCCAAACAUAAUCAUGGACUCGUUCUUUGAGAGUCGACACCUUCGACCGGCGCUCCUACGGAAAUGGGAACAAAAUCAGACCUGACAAGUGUUGUCGUUGUCACCCCGCGCACGUUGCGUCGUCUGGGUCUUGCUGUCGGUUCGUAUUUCUGUCAGCUGUUGGUUCCAGCGUGCAGCAGCAGCAUCACCGGAGCAGCAGUCGGUCUGAAGGCCUGCAGUGGGCACGUGCACUCUGAAUACUGAAGAGCAGAGCUUUUUAUUCUGCGCCUCGGCUUCAUCCCACCCGUCCGGCUGACGCAACUCCCUCCACGGGAUCACCGAGCUUUUCGUUUCUCACCGAUAAUGGGGUUUCGCUCCGUUUGAGGAGGAGGUUUGCUGAGAAACGGACCGCUGAGUGAUGCUUUUCAGUUGUUUUAGACUCGAGCAGUUUUUAAACCAAACUCAUCUCAUCUCCCAAGGUGUUCCCAGCCCAAAAAGAGCUUCAGUGUUACGGAAAACUCCAGAGGGAGGGGAGCAGGAGUCAUCCUAGUCAGAGGCUUGAACCUCCUUGGCUGACUCCUCAAGACAUGACGGAAGUUCUCAUCUUUGGACCAGAAAUCCAGAAAAGGAAAUUGCUUAGUCAAUCACCUGACCUGAAUGGCAUUACAUUAAUCUCCGAGAACAAAGUAAGGAACCUUGGUGUUAUCUUAGACCAGGACAUGUCAUUCAAAUCCCAGGUUAAACAGGUUUGUAGGAUUUCCUUUAUCCACCUUCGGAAUAUUGCUAAGAUUAGAAGCAUCCUUUCCAGGAGUGAUGCUGAAAAACUAGUUCAUGCAUUUAUUACAUCAAGACUGGAUUACUGUAAUUCAUUACUCUCAGGAAGUCCACAGAAGUUACAGAAGUCCACACUAGUUUACCUGUUUAAUUAUAGAUCCACUAGGAUAAAUACAAUAAAGUUUAUCUUUCACCAAAUAGAAUAUUUACUAAGAAAUCACAAUGUAACCAUAGGCACAUUACUUUGUCUUUGUGUGGGUGUGUGUGUGUGUGUGUGCGCGUGUGUGUGUGUGUGUGUCUGCUCUGUCUUCUCCAUCCCCAGUGAGUCGUGGAGGAUGGCUGCUUAUACUGAGCCAGGAUCCUCUGGAGGUUUCUUCCUCUUAAAAGGGAGUUUUCCUCUCCACUGUCGCUUUAUGCUUGCUUAGUAUGAGGACUGCUGUAAAGUCACUGACACUAGUCAGUGACUUGAUGCAAUUUGCUGGGUUCCUUAUUUAGGAAACAUUAUUUCUGAUUGGCUUAAUGAACUGACCUGAAUUGGAAUGUUUAUUAUGUGAAGUGCCUUGAGACGACUCUUGUCGUGAUUUGGCGCUUUAUAAAUAAAAUUGAAUUGAAUUGAAUUGAAUCCUGAUGAGGAUGAGCAGCGGAUUCUGAAUGGGAGCCACCCUCAGGAGGAAGUUUGGAUCUGGGAUCUCGUUCUUGUUUCUCUCAUGGCCCAAAUCCCGUGACAUUAGGUGAGGAUUUAAACGCUGUUUUCACCUAGACGGGCAAAAGCGGAGCCGUUGGUACAGACGAUGAAGCCCCGCCCUCUGAAGAAGAGACCCCUGCCUUUGUUUCUUAACAUUAAUGUGUUCAUUCUAACAUCUGAUCGUUUAUUCUGGACUGAGUUUUCAUGUCAGACGUCUGACUCUUCAUCCGUGAACCAGAUGAACGGGUUUGGAGCGUCUCCUCCAGGGCUGGGGUUGGGGUUCCCUCGGGCUUUAGGCCUAAUCGUUUUUAUUCUCUGGUCUGAGUGAACAUUAAAAUCACGGCCAACAGCCGAGCCCCUUAAGGUGGAUUUGUCUUAUGCGUGCAGAUUUUCUCAGAGCGAGCCAUUGUUCCUUCAGCCCCCAUGUGGUCAAGAGGAUUCAGGGAUUUGGAGAUUUGCUUUGUAGAAUUCAUUUCUCCAGAACAAGCUUUAUGUUUUAUGCCUUUUUAACCCUCAGUCGCCGCUCUGCAGUUUGUGUUUUAUCAGACUGUAAAACAAUAAAUGAUAUCUGAUGGUGCUUCUGGUUUCCAUCUGAUUUGUUCCAAAUUUUGGAAAACAGUUCCUACAGGAAGCCAUUAGUCCUGAUAAUAAGAUAGCUGGGAGUCUGCCCCGAAAGGUCCAGCUCGGUGGCCUAGUGGUAGUGUCCGCCCUGGGACUGGGACGUCGGGGUUCAAAACCGCUCACCACCAGAUAGUUCCCGAGCACAGCCGCUGCUGCAGCUCACCGCUCCCCACGGGGAUGGGUCACACGCCGGGAACAAAGUUCACCAGUGUGUGGCGACUUUAACUAAAUGUUUAACUGUCCACAAUUAAGGAAUACAGAUACAACUUUAAAAAGAAAUCUUUUGGGGUUCUCUGCUGCUGUUCUGGUGAAGAGAAGUUUGUAGCAAAGUGAGUAGAGGAGGAAAAACGCAUCCAAAGUAAAAAAAAAAAAAAAAAGGCUGGGAAACAGAUAAGUGGAGCUGGAGCCGUCUCUGCUGACGUCUGAGCCUCGGCGAGGAUCCGGCACCUGGCUCUCGUCACAUGGACCGACUCCAACCCCCCUCGGACCAAACGCCACGGAAGUCCUGUUGUCACCUCCACAGGGGCCGACCCAGUUCCCCCUCGCUGCUUAAGGUCGUGUGUGUGUGUGUGUGUGUGUGUGUGUGUGUGUGUGCGUGCGCGCGCGCGUGUGUGUGUGUGUGACUUAAAAAACACAAACAGAAGGCCAGAGGAUGUAACAACCAAGUGACAAACACCUCCAGAACCGAUCCAAAUCAAAGCAUGAAAUUUGUCUCCAGAGCUUUAAUUGGAGGAAGCUGUUGGCUAAAUGUUGGUGGGAAAGCCAGCUCGUCCGAUGACCCCGCGGGGCGGGGUUAAAGGUCGCUGGUCCAGCGGACUCUCCUCAGUUUACAUGUUUAUGAAGUCACAUCGUGUGUGGCUUCAGCCUGUUUUUAUCUUAAUCCUAAAGAACCAAAAAAUCAGCUGUUUUGUUGUAAAUCUCAAUCCGAUGGGACCAAAAAUCGUCCGAGUGGAAUCGGGCGGUACGUAGCGCAGUCGGAGACUCUGGAACUCAAGAAAAGGAAUUCACUUUUGGAUUUGUCGGGUCUGUGAACACACCGUCAAGUUAGUACUUAUGGUCAUAAAACCAUAAAAAUGCAUGGUUGCUUGGGGUUGCUAUAGCAUCGGCAUGAUUCGACCAAGCGACCCUUGACC